UACAUAGUUUUCAUUAAUUUUGUCUUGUAUUCAUCAAUGGAAUGGGAUUCUAUAAUCAAUAAUAACUAUCGAAUUGCUAUUCAAUUUGAGGGCAAACAAUAAUUGAUUGCAAUAAAUUAUGACCACUGUUUUAAAUAAUAAUAAUUGUGAUAAUAAAAUAGAACAGCUGGAAAAAUGUAAACGAUUGUUGUCAUCUCGUUUAGCGCCUUUAGCAUCUUUCGAAGAUUUGCCUACCGAUGAGCAGAAUAGUUCCAGUUCGGAUGACGAGAAACAACCUCAACAAUGUUCAACAAAUCAAACUUUCCAAUCUUCUCAAAUAACUGUUUUGAUAACAGAUCAUGAUGAUAAUAAAAUUCAUUCUUGGAAUGAUUCUCCUCUACCACAGUGCUCAUCACCAUCAAUAAUUAGCAAUAAUGAAGAUAGAUUACUCAAUUCGCAGCCAAAAGUAACUCAAAGAAAAGGAUCAUGGACAGACAUUUUCUUUGGAAGGAAAUCGCCAACACUCAUCAAGCCCAAAGAAAGAAAAUUCAGUCUGUUCUCUUUCAAGUUUUCUUUCAAAGAUGAUAAUAAACAGCAUUCUGAAACACCAUUGGCUGUGAUCAGUUCAUCAAGUAAAACACCAUCAUCACCAAUAAUAGUGGAUUGCGGAUUGCAAUUGACAACCACUAGCAUUGAUGAUAUCUGUAUCUCAUCAACAACUUCCAAUGAUACUGUCGUUUAUAUUCAAAGUCCAACAGGACAUUUAUCUUCGAUUGACGCUGAAAAAAUCUUCACAGAAUCAGAAACAGAGCUUCCAAUGAUAACUACUUAUAAUCAAAUUACACAACUGGAUUGCGAAAAAGAUAAUGAAUGUGAUUCAUUAUGCUCAUGUCAGACUGAUGAACCACUUUACGAUAAAAAGAUUACCGAUGACCAGAUGAAUAUCGAGUACACAACUGAAUGCUCCGAAUGUGAAAGCGUCGUUUCUUGUUGUGAUGAAUAUAUCGCUAAUAAUGAAUCAACCGACGAUAUAAUUGCUGAUCACGAGGACAAUAAUGAUGAUGAACAAAAAAAUAACAAUCGAAAACUAGAUUCUAGUUAUGAUAGUUAUGAACUUGAGAUGCUUCUAAAAAAUGAUGAACUCGAUUUGAAUAGGAAGUUGUACUACUCAAAUGAAGAGACUAAAAUAGAAUUUAAUGCCAGCAAUAAUAACAACAGCCGUCCAUUAAUAAGAAAAGAUCAGGAUUCAAAGAUCGGUUCAGAUUUAGAAAGCAAAAAAUUGACAACACUGCCUAUUGAAAGACCACAUAGUAAUGUACCAGUAACAAAUAUCGAAAAGUUCGAAGCUUAUCUCGAUAAAUAUGCCAUCGAAAACAAUAAAAUAAAAGAAGAUAAUAAUAAAUUGAAAAUAAUUCUACCAGUAGACAUCACAAAAGCUUCCAAGUAUAGCCGUAAAAGUAAUCCAUUUAUAUGGCUACAGUUUUGCGAAAAUGGCUUGAAAAGUCCAAAAAUCUUGCGUAAACGUGCUAAGAGUUGUUUUCCUAGCCUAAAUCCUCAAUUAUUCUUCAACCCUGAUAUUGAUGCCAUUUAUAAUAAUGAUGAUGACGAUCCUAAAGCAUCACCAGGAAAUUUGACGCCUAUAACUCCUUUGAAAAAUGUAGACUUGGAUAAUGAUGGUGACAUAUUUAAUGACCAUUUUCAAUCCAAAAGUUUUGUGACAAAUGUCAAACAAAAGUACAAAUUUGUCGAUAACAAAAAUCGAUCAAGUUAUGAAUGUAAUUGUAGCUGUGCGACAACUACAACGGCAACUAGCCCGUCCAUUACUUUGACCACCAAUACGAAUCUCAUAUCAGUGACUACAACUUGUAGCGAAACGAAUGUUUGUUCCGAGAUGACCAGCGAAGAUGAUGAUGAAAAUGAAUUGUACCAUUUGUCCAAAGAUGAGAACAAGAAUGAGCAGACUAAUCAAUCAUCAGAUAAUCCGAUUGGUUCAAAGAUUGAAUUCAGUGAAGAUCAGCCGUUACUGGUCUCUCCAUGUGAUUGUAUCUGUCAUCAGAUCAUUGCAAACAAAAUGAAUACUUUACCAUCAACGAAAAAAGAAUUUACAUUUAAAAUAAAAAAGGACGAUAGGAAUUUAGAAACAAUGACAAGUGAUGAAAUCACUUCGACCGAUCUUUGUCUUUUGAUCUCAUCAUCAUCAUCAACGUUAUCAUCAUCAUCAUCGUCAUCAUCAUCAUCGUCAUCGUCUUCAGUAUCACCAACAUCUUCUACAUCACCUUUGUCAUCUACAUGAUCAAUUUGAUAGUUUUCUAUAAUAUUUAUCUUCUGAUUUUGCAAUCGCGUUUUUUUUCACUCAAAACAGAUACACACGCAAUGAUGGUUUUUUUUAAUGGAACUGUAUUUCAAAAAUAAGUCUAAUCAACCGAUGACGAACGUAAUGCAUUUGUCUUGUAUAUAUAAUAUAAUAUUAUAAAAUUCAUUCUUUUGAAAGACAUUUUUUUCCAUUUGUGCACAAUAUAACAUUAAAACUAAAUUUUCUUCAA